ACCCAUCGGAACGGCGAAACGAGUAGCUGGGGAUCGAAUUCCAGACGAUCAAAUUUUCCGGCCGUGCAACGGAUCUCUGGAAAAUGAGGAGGCUAAGUGCACUCGCCGCAAUGUGCCGGGCCGCCGGCGGUAAAAGUUCAAACUACCGGAUCGUACAGGCGUCUCUUUACAGCACCGGCGGCAUUGCCGAUGCUAGAUCUCGCUGGUUCUCCUGUAAUAAGCUCGAGGACCAGUCCUCGAGCACCGCUGCUCGUGCCGUUGCCGGAGCAAUUCUCUUCUCUGUCGCGGCUACCGCGUUGGCUGAUAAGGUCCACGCAAAAGAGCCGAUCAAUCCGAAAUUUCGCCCUAACGACGUCGUUCUUUAUCAGUACGAAGCUUGUCCUUUCUGUAACAAGGUUAAAGCAUUCCUAGAUUAUUGUGAUAUACCUUACAAAAUCGUGGAGGUCAAUCCAAUUAGCAAAAAUGAAAUCAAGUGGUCAGAUUACAAGAAGGUUCCUAUUUUGAUGGUAGAUGGUGAACAAUUGGUGGACUCAUCAGAUAUAAUUGAUAAGCUGUCCCAAAAGGUUCGCCCUGUGACCAUUGCUAAACCCACCUUGGAUGCUGAAGAAGAGAAUAAGUGGCGCAAGUGGGUGGAUAAUCACUUGGUGCAUGUCUUGUCACCAAAUAUAUAUCGAAGUGCUUCUGAGGCCUUGGAAUCAUUUGAUUACAUCACAUCUAAAGGUAAAUUCACCUUUUAUGAGAGGACACUGGCAAAGUAUGCUGGAGCUACAGCCAUGUAUUUCAUAUCCAAAAAAUUGAAGAAAAAAUAUAACAUUACUGAUGAGCGUGCAGCAUUGUAUGAAGCAGCAGAAACCUGGGUUGAUGCUUUGAAUGGGCGAGAGUUUCUUGGUGGGUCUAAACCAAAUUUAGCUGAUCUUGCUGUCUUUGGUGUCUUGAGACCAAUCCGCUACUUAAAAUCUGGUCAAGACAUGGUGGAGAACACUCGCAUUGGUGAUUGGUACUCUCGAAUGGAAAGAGCCGUCGGCGAGCCACGUAUAAUACUGGCCUAACUGAAGUUCUGUCUCUCCCAGUCUCCUGCAACCAAUCCUCAAAUAUUUAAGAUUAAAAGUUUGGUCUAUCAACAGCAUUCCUUUCAAGGGUAAAUUUACACCUCAGUGAAGUUAAUAACAUCAUCAAAGGAAGGUACAAGUUACUUGCCAUUGAUUUUGAUACAGAAAAAUUCAAUUUCAACUAUAUAUUCUUUCAAUUGUUACAUGGCCAUAGUAUGCACUAAUGCACUAUGUACUGCCUGCACUAGUGUGCUUGACUUUCAAGCCCUGCCUGCUAUUUACUAUAUGUACUGGGCACUUGCACACCUUUUUGUGAUUUUCAAAAUAAGGUGGUUGGAAAUCUAGCUGUACAGCUGGCUAAUGUAACAUGCAAAGUCGGAAAGGUCGACUCUUGUAGUCUUGGAGCAUCCUCAAUAGGCAUAGAUUUUGAGGAGUUUUUGCAGGUCUAACUAGAGAGUAGAGAUAAAAGGGAUAGAAGAAAAAAAAAAUAAAAGAACAAAGGAAAUUAUGCGCCCGCCUUCAGUUCGCUUCAUGCGACAAACACAACAGCUUAUCAACUUUGGUGGGGCGCAUUGUGCAGAUAAAAAUCAGGUCUUAGCAGGAAGAUCCCAAAGCUUCUCUCUCCUCCACGCAACUCAACCUGCAAAAACUAUUCAAAAUCCGGGGAUGCUUAAGAACUCUGAGGCAGUCCAUUUGGCAAUCCUAUGCGGGUGAAACUCGGGUCAAAUUUAAAUUGGUCUUACAAUCGUAGGAAUGUUGGAUGUCAUUACAUAAAAAAAAAAAGUUUUGAAAAUCUAGGCUAUCUAGCUGUCCAGCUUGCUUCUCUGGAGGAUGUGAUUAGAUUAUGGCAUUAAAUGUAAUGGAAAUCUUUAAAAUCUAUGGCAUACUAAUAUUUUCAUAAA